AUGAACGAAUUCAUUGAAAGAAUUCGUCAUUAUAAUAGUGCACAAAUAUGUGGCUUAGUUUGGAAUGCAAAUGUUAUUGCAUACCGAUGUAAAACAUGUUCGAUAUCACCAUGCAUGAGUAUAUGUGCUCAAUGUUUUCAAAAUGGAAAUCAUGAAGGACAUAAUUUUAACAUGUUUGAAAGUCAAGCUGGUGGAGCAUGCAUUCGAACAGGCGACCAUACUUUUGCAUUAGCAUUAGCGAAAUAUUUGAAUUUAAGGUUAAAUUCAAAUGGCUUGACUAUAACACAAUGA